CCUUGAGGGUCCAGUCGAGGCCUGGCUUCUGUCCGGCGCUGAUUGGCACAGGCCCGGAAGUGGACGGUAUGGACUGAUGGUGGCACCGCGGCGCGAUUGAUUUCCAAAGACUCAUGUUACGUGAGGAAGCCACCAGGAAGACCAAAGAAAAGGAGCCCGGGAUGCCUCUUGCUCAGGAUUGAAUGUUCUAAAGACUCUUGAUACGUGAGGAAGAAACCCGGAAGAGGAAGUGGAAAGCAAAGGAGUCAGGGAUGGCUCUUCCUCAGGGUCCAUUGACAUUCAGGGAUGUGACCAUAGAAUUCUCUCCGGAGGAGUGGAGAUGCCUGGACCCUGCUCAGAGGACUUUAUACAGGGACGUGAUGUUGGAGAACUACAGGAACCUGGUUUCCCUGGAUAUCUCUCCCAAAUACAAGAUGAAGGAGCUCUUGUCAACAGCACAAGGCGAUACAGAAGUGUUCCACGCAGGGAUAUUAGAUAGACAUGAAAGGCAUCACAUUGGAGAUUUUUGCUUCCAGGAAAUUGCAAAAGAUAUUCAUGAUUUUGAGGUUAGAAAUAGCCAUGAGGCACUCAUGAGAAAAAUUGAAAAGUUUCCUUGUGGUACAGACCAAUGUGAUCAAAGGCAUGCUGGCAACAAGCCUAUUAAAGAUCAACUUGGAUUAAGCUUUCAUUCGCAUUUGCCUGAACUGCACAUAUUUCAGAUGGAAGGGAAAUUUGGUAAUCAAGUUGAGAAAUCUAUCAAUGAUGUCUUCUCAGUUUCAACAUCCAAAAUAAUUUCUUGUAAGCCCCAAACCCAUAUUUCUAAUAACUAUGACAACAAUUUCCUCCAUUCUUCAUUACUCACACAAAAACAGGAGGGUCACAGAGAAGUAUCUUUCCAACGUAAUGAGAAAAAAGCCUUUAACUGUAGCUCUUUCUUGAGGAAACAUCAGAAAAUUCAUUUAGAAGAGAAACAAUAUGAAUGUGAUGUAUGUGGCAAGGUCUUUAAUCAGAAGCGAUACCUUGCAUGCCAUCACAGAUGUCACACUGGUGAGAAAUCUUACAAGUGUAAUGAGUGUGGCAAGAUCUUCAGUCAGAAGUCAACCCUUACACGCCAUUGUAGACUUCAUACUGGAGAGAAACCUUACAAGUGUAAUGAGUGUGGCAAGACCUUUGGUCGAAAUUCAGCCCUUGUAAUUCAUAUGGCAAUUCAUACUGGAAAGAAACCUUACAAGUGUAAGGAGUGUGGCAAAACCUUCAGUCAGAAAUCAUCUUUUGUAUACCAUUGUAGACUUCAUACUGGAGAGAAACUUUACAAAUGUGAAGAAUGUGACAAAGUUUUUAGUCGCAAAUCAGACCUUGAAAAACAUAAAAUAAUUCAUACGGGAGAGAAACCAUACAAAUGUAAUGUUUGUGACAAGGCUUUUGGGCGUGAUUCACACCUGACACAACAUACUAGAAUUCACACUGGAGAGAAACCUUAUAAGUGUAAUGAGUGUGGCAAAGCCUUUCGUGGGCAGUCAACACUUACUUACCAUCAGUCAACCCAUGGUAUAGGGAAACUUUACAAAUGUAAUGACUGUCAUCACGUCUUCAGUAACGCUACAACCAUUGCAAGGCAUUGGAGAAUCCAUAAUAAAGAAAGAUCUUACAAGUGUAAUAAAUGUGGCAAAUUUUUCAGACAUUGUUCAUACCUUGCAGUUCAUCGGCGAACUCAUACUGGAGAGAGACCUUACAAAUGUGAAGAAUGUGAUGCAGUUUUUAGUUGCAAAUCAAACCUUGAAAGACACAGAAGAAUUCAUACUGGAGAGAAACCUUACAAGUGUAAUGAAUGUGGCAAGACCUUCAGUCAGAUGUCAUCUCUUAUAUGCCAUCGUAGACUUCAUACUGGAGAGAAACCUUACAAGUGUAAUGAGUGUGGCAAAACCUUCAGUCAGAAGUCAUCCCUUACAUGCCAUCAUAGAGUUCGUACUGGAGAGAAACCUUACAGGUGUAAUGAGUGUGGCAAGACCUUCCGUCAUAAUUCAGCCCUUGUAAUUCAUAAGGCAAUUCAUACUGGAGAAAAACCUUACAAGUGUAAUGAAUGUGGCAAGGUUUUUAAUCAACAAGCAAACCUUGCUUGUCAUCGUAGAAUUCAUACUGGAGAGAAACCUUACAAGUGUAAUGAGUGUGGCAAGACCUUCAGUCAGAUGUCAUCUCUUGUGUGCCACUAUAGACUUCAUACUGGAGAGAAACCUUACAAGUGUCAUGAGUGUGGCAAGACCUUCCGUCACAAUUCAGCCCUUAUAAUUCAUAAGGCAGUACAUACUGGAGAGAAACCUUACAAGUGUAAUGAAUGUGGCAAGGUUUUUAAUCAACAAGCAAACCUUGCACGUCAUCAUAGACUUCAUACUGGAGAGAAACCUUACAUGUGUAAUGAAUGUGGCAAGGUUUUUAAUCAACAAGCACACCUUGUACGUCAUCAUAGACUUCAUACUGGAGAGAAACCUUACAAAUGUGAAGAAUGCAACAAAGUUUACAGUCGCAAAUCAAGUCUUAAAAGACAUAGGAGAAUUCAUACUGGAGAGAAACCUUACAAAUGUGAAGAAUGUGACAAAGCUUUCAGUCGCAAAUCAAACCUUGAAAGACACAGAAAAAUUCAUACUGGAGUGAAACCUUACAAAUGUAGGGUUUGUGACAAGGCUUUUGGGCGUGAUUCACACCUGGCACAACAUACUAAAAUUCACACUAGAAUGAUUGUCACCAAGUCUACAGUAACACUACAACCAAUUUGCAUUCUCCAAUGCAAAUCAUUGGAGAAUCCAUAAUGCAUGGAUUCUUGCAAGCAUCAUCAAUUUGGCAAAUUUUUUAGACAUUGUUCAUAACUUUCAGUUCAUUGGCGAACCCAUACUCGAGAGAACCCUUACAAAUGUCAUAACUGUGGCAAGGUCUUCAGUCAAUUUUCAUCUUAUGCAAAACAGAAAAAUUCAUACAGAAGAGAAA